AUGAGUCGGAUUGUAACAUCAAAAGAUGACUGGAGUUCCAUAGUAGUAGAAGAUGAAGAGUCUGAACAGCAAGUUGGAUCCGUGGCUGACCAGCUGCCCAGUGAUGAUAAACCAAAACAAGAGGAGCCACCCACUGAGAAUCAGGAUGUUAGACUUGAGGAAGAGCAAGGAGAUGCAGGAGCACCUGAGCCUGAGGUUCAAGGGGAUGACCUGGAAGAUGAUAACCAAGAACUGGUAAACCCAGUGACUGGGGGUGAAUGUGGAGAUAACUCUGAUGUCAUCGGGCAAGCUUAUGUACAUCCAGAGACCAUUGAAAUGCCAGAAGCAGGAGAAGGGAAACCACAUGUUUAA